AUGCAUGAUCAAUGGUAUCUUGCGAGUGAAAAAAUACCAGAAGGUUUUUAUGUAAUUGAAGCUCUACAUUCAGGUAAAUUUAUUACAUUUUCACCUGAACGUUCAACUUUAAUACAACAAGAUCGAAAUUUUGAAAAUAAUAGUGAAUCACAAAUUUUUGAAAUUCAACAUAUUGGUUAUCGUGAUUAUAUUAUUCGACAUCGUUCCACUGGUCUUGUACUUACUGUUCAUAAUGGUUCACCAGCACCUUGUGCACCGAUCGUUCUUUAUCGUUAUAUGGGACCUCGUACACCAUAUCAAAUAGUAAAUUUUGAACGAUCGAAUGAUCAAUCCAAUGAUUUAAUUUUAUUUAUAAAACAUACACGUAUGGUUAUUGAUAUUGAUGGUGGAAGUCAUAGUUCUAAUGCUCGUCUUCUUCAAUUUCCUCAAAAGAAAAAUAAUUUUAAUCAAAUAAAUCAACGUUUUCGUCUUCAUCCAAUCAUUGACUAUCAUACACAAUCAACAAGGAUUACUAUUCCUACGGAAUUUUUUCGUUAA